GUAUGGGAACUGAUCGCUGCGGAGAACCAGAGGACCGCUCUCCCUGUUUUUUCUGUCCGUUCAUUUUCUCCAUCGGUUCCUAUCUCUGAUAUCCAAUGACUGUCUGAACAACAAGUUUUAUUGACACACAAACACAUCAUCUCUCUCUCCCUUGCUCUCUCUCUCUCUCUCUCUCUCUCUCUCUCUCUCUCUCUCUCUCUCUCUCUCAUAGACACACUCACACACCCACACACCAUUUGAUGAACAAAUACCUUUGCUGCCUCCCAGCUGCAAGAGAUAUGGAUGGGAACAUGAGUGAGUGGACAGUGCAGACUGCGGGACAGGGGAUGUGAAGGAAGUAUAUACUCAUCACAAUGACCAACCAGGAUAAGUGGGUCACUCUGACCCCAGCAGAAUUCUCCCUGCUUCAGGAAUACGCACAAUACUCAACCAAGAAGCUGAAAGAUGUAUUGCAAGAGUUCCAUGGAGAUGGGGUGUUGGCAAAGUACAACCCAGAGGAGAAGCAGGAAAUACUAAACCAGGAAAUUGACUUUCAAGGCUUCAAAGUCUUCAUGCAGACCUUUCUGGAGAGUGAAUUGCCAGACGAGUUCUGUCAGCAUCUCUUCUUAUCGUUCAGUAAUAAGGGACCCAAACCCAGCUCCUCCUCAGAAAAGCCCAGAGUUACUGGGCUGAAGCUGAUCAAAGGGAGCUGCACUCCUCUGAAGGUGCCUGCUCCACCCAGGCCUCUAGAGAUGGUGCAGCUGAAGGACAUUGUGUGUUACCUCUCACUACUGGAGGGGGGUCGGCCUGAAGACAAACUGGAAUUUAUGUUCCGUCUCUAUGACACAGAUGGAAAUGGAUCUCUGGACAGCUCGGAACUGGAGCAUAUCAUCACUCAAAUGAUGCAUGUUGCUGAGUACCUGGAAUGGGAUGUGACUGAAUUGAAGCCGAUUUUGCAGGAGAUGAUGCAAGAGAUUGACUAUGACCACGACGGCACAGUGUCUCUAGAGGAGUGGAUCCAGGGUGGCAUGACAACGAUUCCACUGCUUGUGCUGCUUGGCCUGGAGACAAAUGUGAAAGACGACGGGCAGCAUGUGUGGAGACUGAAGCACUUCAACAAGCCCGCCUAUUGUAACCUGUGUCUGAACAUGCUGAUAGGCCUGGGGAAGCAGGGACUCUGUUGCUCAUUCUGCAAGUACACUGUUCAUGAGCGUUGUGUGGCACGCGCUCCACCGACUUGUAUCAAAACCUACGUCAAGUCUAAGAAAAACACAGAGGUGAUGCACCAUUUCUGGGUGGAGGGGAACUGCCCAACAAAGUGUGACAAGUGUCACAAAACCAUUAAGUGUUACCAGGGUCUAACUGGGCUACACUGUGUGUGGUGCCAAAUCACGCUCCAUAACAAGUGUGCCUCCCAUGUGAAACCUGAAUGUGACUGUGGGCCCCUAAAAGAUCAUAUUCUGCCCCCCAACACAAUCUGCCCUGUCAUAUUGGAGAGGCAGUCAACACUCAGGAAAGACUCCAGAUCGAGUCAGUCAGGAAGCAGAGGGAAGAUGCAGAGAGCCAACUCGGUCACAGUUGAUGGCCAAGGACUACAGAUCACGACAAUAGAGGGCACUCAUCCUCUGCUUGUUUUUGUGAAUCCAAAGAGUGGAGGGAAGCAGGGAGAAAGGAUCUACAGAAAGUUCCAGUACCUUUUAAACCCAAGGCAGGUAUACAACCUGGCCAAGAAUGGACCUAUGCCUGGGUUGAAUUUCUUCAGAGACGUUUCAGAUUUCAGGGUUUUAGCUUGUGGUGGGGAUGGAACCGUGGGGUGGAUUCUAGACUUCAUAGAUAAGGCUAACCUGGACAGGAGCCCCCCUGUGUGUGUACUUCCUCUUGGCACAGGGAAUGACCUUGCAAGAUGUCUGCGCUGGGGAGGAGGCUACGAGGGUGAGAGUCUUCUGAAGAUCCUGAAAGACAUUGAGAACAGUUCUGAAGUGAUGCUGGACCGCUGGAAGAUUGAUGUGACGCCCACAGACAAGGAGGAGAAGGGAGACCCUGUGCCUUACAGUAUCAUCAACAACUACUUCUCAAUUGGAGUGGAUGCCUCUAUCGCGCAUCGAUUCCACAUCAUGAGAGAAAAACACCCCGAACGGUUCAACAGCAGAACAAAGAAUAAACUGUGGUACUUUGAGUUUGGCACUUCUGAGACAUUCUCAGCCACGUGUAAGAAGCUUCAUGACUUUCUGGAGAUUGAGUGUGAUGGCUUAACUCUGGACUUAAGCAGUAUCUCUCUGGAGGGUAUUGCCAUCCUCAACAUUCCAAGUAUGCACGGUGGCUCCAACCUGUGGGGGGAGAGCAGGAAGAGAAGGGGGAACCGUAAAGCAGGGAAGAAGACACCCGAAAGGAGGAUGACAUUGGUGGACCCCAAGGAGCUCAUGUUUGCAAUUCAAGAUCCUUCUGACCAGCUCCUGGAGGUAGUGGGUCUGGAAGGGGCCAUGGAGAUGGGACAGAUAUACACAGGCCUGAAGAGUGCUGGGAGACGCCUGGCCCAGUGCUCCUCUGUCACCAUCAGAACUAGCAAAUCCCUCCCUAUGCAGAUUGAUGGUGAGCCCUGGAUGCAGACUCCCUGUACUAUUGAAAUAGUGCACAAGAACCAGGCUCCAAUGAUGAUGGGCCCACCUCAAGAAAGCAGUUUCUUCUCUGUCAUCAGACGAACAUGUAGCGAGAGCAAAGACUGAUGGGACAACAUUCAACAUUUGCCUCUUUAUUUCUUUAAAAAAAGCCUUUAUAGAAACCUAAAGGCCUAACCAGAUAGAGCUUCUUCACCACCACAAGCUUAUCUGUGAACGAAGGUUACAAUGCAAAAGUUGCAAUUCUAUGAUUUGGUUAGCACCCCGUACAACAGCUACUGUAGCUACUGUAUCCUUGGCAUCGCUAUGCUUUCAUGCUCUGUGCCAUGUGGAUCAAAUCUACAAAUGCUAAUCAUUCAAUGUCCUAUAUGAAAUUAUAUAUUAUUAUGCAGAAUGUAUGUUUUUAAUCUAUCUUUGCAUUUGAACACCACAAUGCAUGAUGGAAUAAUGUCAAUCCAGAGAACAUAUCCUUUUAAUGCAGUCAGACUGCAUUAAAAGGUGAUUAUAAAAGAUUAUAAAAGGUCCUGUUCACCUCUAAUUGAUCACCCAUGACUUUAAACACUGAUUAAAAUGACAAAUAAAUGCAUUGUAGAGCAUGUUUGUCAGGUUUAAAUAAAUGUGUCUUGCUGUUGGAUCUUACAGUAUGUGAGAUAAUAAAUGAAUGUAAUGAUUGUCCAUUGUUGCAUGAUGCACAACGGUAUUUUAGAUGUAUUGCACUAGAAAUAUCUACCUUUUUCACCAAUAGUGCAGUGGAAAACUUACAUCGCAUGGAUGACCAUGAUCUCACUGUUCUGAGACCUGUUGAAAUGUAAAGUAGUAUUUGGUGCGUUAUUUUGUUAUUAUGUUGAAGCACUUUUGUCUUGAAUAUGUUAUAUUACUGGCUUGUCAUACACAUGAUGUCACAGUACAUAAUCAUAUCAUACUUUGAAAUGUCAGUUUGGGAUUAUGGGCCCUGCUUUUUGAGUAAACUACUCAGAUACAGUAUGUUUAUUAGGAUAGGAUAUGAUUCUAAAGGUUGCCACCAUGCUCAAAUGAUUGAGCAAUGCCCAAUUUGAGAUUCAACAGUUCAAGGACCUCUGUACACUUCGAUCAAAAUAUUUUAAUAAUGUCAAAUGUACAGUUACUGAUUCAAAACUAAGCAGUUUUUAGUGGCUGGGUUCAGGUGUCCUGUAAGGGGAUUGAAAACUUUGAAAUUAAGAACAGAUGUCAGGGUUGCUAAAUUACAAAUAUCAUAGAAAGUGUUUACAGUUUUUUGCUCCUGCAGCUUUUCAAUGUCCAUUGUAUAAUUACUGUUGAUAUUGUGGAGGUCAAUUUUGACGAUUCUAUUUCUUUCUAUCUUUUAUCACAAAGCUAUCUGGGACUCAAGUUUAUAAAGGGGAGGUUUUCACAGAAAUCUACUGAAACUUGAAACUGAAACUACUGAAAAUGUUUUCUGGUAUAAUAAUGAGAGAAUACCAACCACUAGUGAUCUAAACAGAUAUUAAAGUAUUUUUCAAGAUAUUUUUGUCAAACAUUUGUAGUCAGGUAUUACACUCAAAACUAUUUUUUUAUGAUCUGUUCUUCAGGAUUCAUAGCUUCCUUAUACUGUACAGGACAUGUCACCUUUUUGCUAGGUGGAGCAGCAUUUCAAAAUAUGUAGCCAGUCAAGUGAUCUUUCACCAAAGACAAACCAAGUUUAAUGAAACAGUAAAA